AUGGAGCUCAACAGCACACUGAUCUUGGCAGGCCUUUCCUUGGUUUUGUUGUGGCUGUUUCAUAUAACUAAAAAAAUUAAAUAUCGUUUACCUCCAGGACCCACUGGUCUGCCUCUCAUAGGAAACUUAGCACAGCUGGACAGAAGAGCUCCAUACAAAACACUGCAAAAGCUCAGUGAAAGCUACGGCCCUGUGCUGACAGUGUACCUGGGCCCUCAGCGGACUGUGGUCCUGGUGGGGUAUGACGCUAUAAAGGAGGCCCUGGUGGACCAAGGAGAUGACUUCACAGGCAGAGGACCUUUUCCUUUUCUGGUUAAAGUGACCAGGGGCUAUGGUAAAACAAGAAUAUUACACAUCAGCAAUGGAGAGCGUUGGCGCCAACUGCGACGUUUCACCAUGACAACACUAAGAGACUUUGGAAUGGGACGCAAGGGGAUGGAGGAGUGGAUCCAGGGGGAGAGCAGGCACCUAGUAGGCCACAUGGAAAGCACUGAUGCCACAGCUUUUGAUCCCACCUUCGUCUUGAGCUGCACUGUGUCCAAUGUGAUCUGCUGUCUGGUAUUUGGCCAACGCUUCAACUACGAUGACAGUAACUUCCUCCGUCUUUUGAAGAUCACUGCUGAGGCCGUGAGGUUUGGUAGCAGUACCUGGGGUCAGAUGUACAACGUCUUUCCCUGGGUCAUGGACCGCCUGCCAGGUCAACACCAGGCCAUGUUUGGCAAGAUUGAUAGGAUAAGAGAAUUUAUCAUGAUGAAGAUCCAGGAGCACAAGGAGACGAUGGACCCAAGUUCCCCAAGAGACUACAUUGACUGUUUCCUCACCCGACUUAAUCAGGAAGAGGACAAUCUCACAACAGAGUUUCACUAUGACAACUUGGUGUCUACAGUGUUGAAUCUGUUCCUGGCAGGAACAGAAACCACCAGCACAACUCUCAGAUAUGCACUCAGCGUACUCAUCAAAUACCUCAACAUACAGGAGAAAAUGCAGCAGGAGAUUUGCACGGUCAUUGGAAAAGAGCGUUGCCCUAGUAUGGAGGACAGGAAGUCGCUCCCCUUCACAGAUGCCGUCAUCCAUGAGGUGCAGCGUUUCCUGGAUGUUGUGCCCUUCAGCUUCCCUCACUAUGCAUUAAAAGACAUUUCUUUUAGGGGCUAUACAAUUCCCAAGGACACAAUAAUCAUUCCACUGCUGCAUUCUCUGAUGAGAGAGGAAAAGCAGUGGGCAACUCCUUGGUCCUUCAAUCCCCAGCACUUCCUUGAUCAGAAUGGCAACUUUAAGAAAAACCCUGCAUUCUUCCCAUUCUCUGCAGGGAAGAGAUCCUGUGCUGGAGAGUCUCUGGCUCGCAUGGAAUUAUUCCUUUUCCUGGUGUCGCUGCUGCAGCGCUUCACCUUCUCCUGCCCUGGAGGCCCUGACAGUGUAGACCUCAGUCCUGAGCACAGCGGCUUCGCCAAUGUUCCCCGCACAUACAAGAUAAUCGCCACUCCCUGCUGAGCAGACCAGGAGCUCUAUCCAGAGUAUUUAUCAUGGCUAUACAAUGUAGAUUUGUUUUCUUUUUCUGGGAAGACUUGG